AUGCGGGAACUGGGUUUUCUUGCUCCUUUGAGUAACUGCAGACACUUGAAGAGGAUAAUUUUUUCAAACAACUCUUUUAUUGGAAUACUUCCAAAAUCCCUUGGCUUAGGUAAUUUGUCGGCAUCUCUUGAAAUCUUCGUUCCUAAUAAUUGUGGUCUCAAAGGCCUGAUUCCAAAUGAAAUUGGUAAUUUCAACAACUUAAUCUUGUUGGAAUUGAUAGGCAAUGACUUAAUAGGAACAGUUCCUGAUGCACUAGGGCAAUUAAUGAGAGUACAAAGCCUCUUAAUUGGAAGAAAUGAACUAAUGGGACCAAUACCUGCCAACUUUUUCAAUAUUGAAAAUUUGUACCAUCUAAAUUUGAGAGAAAAUAAGCUCUCUGAACAGCUGUCGAGUUGCUUUGGAAAGCUUACUUCAUUACGAGAAAUUUUUUUAGAUUACGACAAGCUGACUUCAACUAUACAAUCAGAGUUAUGGACUAACAAGUACCUCAGAAUUGUUGAGUUGUCAUAUAAUAUGUUCAUUGGUUCUGUGCCUCCAGAAAUUGGAAGUAUAAACACCAUGCUAGACUUGCAUUUAUUAGGAAAUCAAUUGUCAGGUGAAAUUUCGACUACUUUUGGUGGUGAAAUUCCAAAUGGAGGGCCUUUUAAGAACUUUACAUCAGAAUUUUUUAUAAACAAUAGAGAAUUUUGUGGAGCAUCUCAAUUUAAGGUCAAGCCAUGCAAAUAUAAUAGAACUAGAUUAUCUAUCGAGAAUAGAGUUUUGAAGUACAUUUUGCCAUCAAUUGCUGCGGUAUUGUGUCUCGCCAUUAGUGUAGUUUAUUUAAUAAGAUGUCGUAGCAGAAAUGCACUUCUUGCAGCUCAGUCUACUUCCCCUACCACUAUCAAGAGGAUUUCAUAUGACGAAGUUCUAAACGCCACGAAUAAAUUUGGUGAAGAGAAUCUAAUUGGCAAAGGUAGUAUUGGUUCAGUGUACAAGGGUAUAUUUUCAGAUGGUAUGAUCGCUGCUAUUAAGGUUUUUAAUAUAGAUUUGGAAGGUGCAAACAGGAUUUUUGAUACAGAGUGCCAAAUACUAGGCAAAAUUCGUCAUAGAAAUCUUAUCAAGGUAAUUACUAGCUGCUCUAAUCUUGAUCUUAAAGCCUUGGUGUUGGAAUAUAUGCCGAAUGGAAACCUUACCAAAUGGCUGUCCUCGAGCAACUAUUUCUUGAAUAUAGCUCAAAGGUUGGAAAUAAUGAUAGACGUGGCAUGUGCACUGGAGUAUCUACAUCAUGGGUAUCCCUCUCCAAUUGUCCAUUGUGAUUUGAAGCCCAACAACAUACUUUUAGAUGAAGAUAUGGUUGCCCAUGUUGCAGACUUUGGCAUUGCCAAGCUUUUCUCUGAAGACCAGAGAAUUUCGAUGAGCAAGACAUUGGGCACCAUUGGAUAUAUGGCUCCAGAGUAUGGAUUGGCAGGAAUAAUAUCACCUAUGGCAGAUGUUUAUAGUUAUGGGAUCGUGCUGAUGGAAACAUUUACCAAGAAGAAGCCAACAGAUGAUAUGUUUGUUGGAGAGUUCACCAUGAGGAGAUGGGUGUUUGAAUCAUUUCCAGAUACAAUAAUGGACAUAGUGGAUGUGGAUCUAGUAAAUGCAAUUGACAACAAUAUUCGAGCCAAAGAGAGCUGCUUCAAAUCGGUCAUGGGACUAGCGCUAGAAUGUACAACUGAUUUGUCUGAGGAGAGGCUACUUAUGAAAGAUGUUCUAACAAGGCUCAAGAAGAUUAAAAUGGAAUCUUGUUAAAGAAUAUCUGAGGUGGAAUAAGACGAAGAG